CCGCGGCGUCGGCCUGGAAUCAGUGGCGCACCGCUCGGCGCCUCGGCAACUUGCUUGGCCUCAGCUCCAGCUUGGCCUCAAAUAACAGCAGCACACUCACACUUCUGCCCACGGACCGACAGCAUAUUGCUUCUCGCCUCACCUCGUGCACACUGAGCAACCCACGAGGAGCGCGCCGACCAAUAAUACCGUGUGACUUCGCCCCGGCGGCAGACUACUUGAGCGGAGCAGGCCAGCGCUGCGCCACAGCAGCACACCAGCAAACACCAUGUCGACAUAUCUCAACCGGCCGACACACCAGCCAUACGCUGCGGGUCUGCGCCCGGACCCGGACAGGUUCAACCGCAACGCGCUGCAGUACGUCGCGUACCGCCUGCCUGGCGAGUCUACGUGGUUCGCUGCGCGCGUAGAGCCCACAUUCAGCGGAUACGACCGUGGCGCGCGCGACUAUGUGUGGAGCGGUGUCAGUCCGCGCGGCGAGGUACGCAACGUGCGCGAUAGUGAGGCGGCGGGCAUCUCGGGGGCCGAGUAUGAGCGGCUGGUCGGCGUUGAGAUUGGCGUUGUGAGUGCCGCCAGAGGGAUUACGGCUGAUGACAGUUCUGGCCGGCAUACAAGCGCAAGCUCGCGUCCCUCCAGUCCCGCCGGCGCGACAUCUGGGGCCAACGCGCGGAAUGGACCGACCCGCCGCCACGCGAGGAGAUGACGGCCGCCGCGCUGGCGUUCGCCCACUCGCGUGUAAGGGUAGGCGAGGGGCUGCCGCCCCGGUACCCGCCGGACCGGGUGAGCAAGCACGACGAGUGCGACGCGCUCUUCUGGCGCGAGGUGUGGGCCUUGACGGGGCGAUAUCGCCAUGGGAGCUGGGCUUCGGGGGCUGGCAUGGAGGACAUUGUGGGCACGACGGCGGGGAAGAGCACGUUGUGAUGGUGUAUGUAGUGUAUGUAGAUGUGAGAGGAGGCAGGCUUGUUCGAUACACCCGGCCCGGAAAGCUGGUGGCACCUGCGUCGCAUCGACCACCGGCGUCCAUAUACGGGGUGGUUCGCUUGGAGCCCUGCGGGGAAGAACAAAUACACUACAGCGAGCGCACGUCUCGCACGACACAUUCGCCACCAUGUCGCUGCACGUAAACGGGCAGGACGCGCCUUUCCGCAAUCAUUGGACAGUCGGCGCAGGCUCGGUCCAUACCCACCACUUCCAGUACCUCGCCUACCGCCGCCUGGACGGAGCCACAUGGUUCGGCGCCGAGGUGGACGACUUCGAGUCGCACUAUGACCGCAAGGGCGUGUGGGUGUGGAGUUUCAUGACUGUUCGCGGCCGGCAAGAGGAGCGGAGGGACACCGAGGUCAAGGCUGUUAGUUAUGACGAGUAUCGGCGGCUGUGGCGCGACGAGGAGGAUGUGUACUGGCCGGCAUACGACAAGGAACUCGCCAAGCUCAAGGCUGCGCCGGCGCACCGCUUCGACCCCGCGGCCUUGCUCAAGACGCUCGCGCACCAUGCCGCGCAUAAACACGUCCGCGCCGUCGAGGGCGACUCGCAUGCCUUGCAGAAGCGGAGCGACGCGCUGUGGUAGUGACGUCGUGUAUGUAGGGUGUUGUCACCUGUGCCA